AUCCACCAUCGCCUCCAAUCAUAUAGGCCCACACGAUAUUCGACAUGACAGCAUCACGAUUAACCCCGCCGAAUCACACUCUAGAGAAGGACGACCCACGAUCGACUCCGCAAAAUGCAAACCCUCGAGAUACUCGACUACGGCGACCCUGUAAACUCGAGCGAUGAGGAAGAAGUCGACGACCUCGAGGAGAAUGCCGAACCUCUCAUACUAUACUUCCAGCCGCCCUUCUACUACCCAAUCUGCAUCGGCAACACCCUGGCCCAGAGAUACCGCAUCGAGCACAAACUCGGCCACGGCGGCUUCUCGACCGUGUGGAUGGCGCACGACGUCCUGACAAACACGGACGUCGCCCUCAAGAUCACGACGCUCGCCAGAGACGAGAUCGAUCGUGAAGGAAAUAUGCAUGAUGAGAUCCGCCGGCGUGUCCAGGACACGUCUAAUCUCCUCCUCGCUCAUCAAGAUGCCUCGUUCUCGCUCCCGAGCUCCCCUGGCGGCGAUGGAUUUCAUCGAGUUUACGUGUUUCCCCUGCGUGGGCCAAGUCUGCAUUCUUGCUUCGCUGUCAUGUCUAUGGCUGAGCGCAUGGCUGCCGCGAAACAGCUGCUCGAAGCCCUAAAACGCCUUCACGACGCUGGUAUCGUGCAUCGAGAUCUCAACGACAAAAACGUCCUAUGCGGCAUCACACCCCUCGACACCCUCCCCACCACAACAAAAUACACCCUCCUCACCCGGCCUAAAAAGAUCCGCCUGCGAACCCCGUCAGGCCUCCUCGGCAACCUCGUCCGUCCCGUCAUCGUCCCGCCCACCCACAUCAACACCCGCUCAAUCUCCCUCUGCGACUUCGGCCUCGCUGCCACAACCCCUGUGUCCAGCUCCACCCCCCAAGGCCCCGGCGCGUGGUGCGCGCCCGAACGCCUGCACGGCUACGCUGCUACCCGCGCCAGCGACAUGUGGAGCUACACCUGCAUUCUCGCGAAGCUGUAUAUUGGGGAACUACCGUGGUCUAUCUACGGCGAGGCGCCGCGCGGGUUUGUGCGUGCGCUGGGGCCGCUGCCGGGGGAGUGGGCGGGGAGGUAUUGGAGGCCUGGGUGGGAGGCGGCGAAGUGGUAUGAUGCCGCGUUGCUGCGGCCGGAGGUGGAGCCGGAGGCUAUGUUGGGGGCGGUGCUGGCGAGGGCGAGGGGGGAUGUUGAAGAGGAGAAGGAGGAGGAGGAGGAGAGGAGGCGGGUUGUGGAGCGGGUGUUGCGGAGGGGGUUUUGUUAUGAUGCUGCGCGGCGGAUUACGGCGGCGGAGUUGCUGGGGGAUGGGGAGUUUUGGGGGGUGUUUGGGCUGUGAUUGGUUGUGUUGUUGGUAUAUUAUUAGCAUGUAGGACUAGGAGUCUUGUUCUAGUAUAUCAGACCAGCUAACCCUCUAUACUCUACAGCAAUGAGAAAGAAAAGGUCUAAUAUCUCUAUAUAUAUAAGCGCU